AUGAGUAGAAUCUUUGAAGGCGCUUCCAUCACCAACUUCUCUGGCAGGAACAUCGGGCACAGUGUCGUCGACAACAGCCAGAAUGACACUCAUAGCAACGAAGACACAGUGACUUUCAAUAAUUGUUCCAACGAUUCUAUGCAAGUCAGCAAGCAAUACAGAGGUGCCUCAGGAGGAUCCACCUACAAUGAAAAUCAUGGAUCAGGGACGUUCAAUCAGGCGAAUGGAUCCCAGCAUGUGCACGCCGCGGCGCCAGCCGUAGCCCCAGGCAAACCUUCUGAGCAAGAAAUCGCCCAGUUCUUCCAGAUGCUACUCCAGCUCGCUGGGGCAGGUGCAACGCCAGGACCCUCACCCCCCGCUCAACCACAUCUGUCCCACCAGCAACACAUCGAUGAGGCAGCGCCACCAAGGAACAAGAGGAACAACCCAUUCCUUAAUAGCGUGGCCACCGCAUUGCCGCGGGGUGGUAACUCGCAGGCGAAACAACAGGAGGAGUGGGAUCGACUUUUCUCUUCAGAGGAUGACCAAGUCUGUCACGAUGAGGACGAGAUUGGUGGGUCGCAGGCAUGGCUGGGGCGCGAUCGACCUCUCUGA